AGCAAGUGAGUGCCAGUCAGGCCUAUGUCCACUUGAAUCUUCUCUAACACGCUUAUAGGCCUACUUGCUUACUUUUCCCUUAAGAAGUUCUGUAGAACAGAACAGGACACAACAUUUACACUAGGGUCUGUAGCAUAUGUUGUUAUUUCUAAAAGCAGGCCUAUUUAUUUUUAGUAACAUCUACUUCUUGAUCUGACCCUAGGUUGCGGUACCUGUCAGCAUUCCGACAUAUUGUAAAGGUCAGCUCCGCAGAUCUGCUGCAACAGAGCCCAGGCUUCUUCAGCCCCUGCUUAAGGAUUAAUUCUACAUCAGAAACCAUCAUGGCGCCCAAAAAAGCAGACCUUAAGCGCAAGGCAAAGUCAGUGAAAAUAAGCAACGCAAAACAACUGAAAGUAGACAGAGUGGAAGGAUGGCUGGAAGGUGAGGUGGCUGAGGUACGAAGAGGAGCUCAGGAUGUGAAAUUCAACGAGAAGCGUCUCAGAUUCUUGUCUGACACCAAAACAGUAAUUCGAGGGACUGAAGGGGUGGUGUACUGGAUGGGAAGGGAUCAGCGAGUUCAAGAUAAUUGGGCACUGAUCUAUGCCCAACAGUUGGCCAUCGCAGAGGAACUACCCCUGCAUAUUUGCUUCUGCCUCAUGCCGAACUUUUUAGAGGCAACAUUUCGACACUAUUCCUUCAUGUUACAAGGACUGCAGGAGGUGGCCAAGGAAAGCAGUGUUCUGGAUAUUCAGUUCCAUCUUCUCAGUGGCUUCCCUGGAGAUACCCUCCCUGGUUUUAUAAAGGAGUGGAACAUGGGGGCAGUAGUAACUGAUUUCUGGCCACUCAGGGAUCCCACACGGUGGGUGGACGAUGUCAAAAAAGCAAUCAGUCCAGAUAUCCCUUUCAUUCAGGUAGAUGCUCACAAUGUGGUGCCUUGCUGGGAAGCAUCUGGAAAACUGGAGUAUGCUGCUAGAACCAUCCGUGGGAAGAUUACUAAACUGCUGCCCACAUUUCUCACCGAGUUCCCUGCUGUUGACAAACAUCCACACUCAUCCCCAAAAACUGCCCAGGCAGUGAACUGGAAUGAGAUUCUGUCAUCUCUGGGAGUGGAUCGGUGUGUUGGUGAGGUAGACUGGGCAAAACCUGGAACUUCAGGGGGUAUGGCUAUGCUGGAGUCUUUCAUCGACGAGCGCCUGCAUUGCUUUGCCACUCUCCGGAACAACCCCAACGUGGCUGCCGCUAGCCAGCUCUCACCAUGGAUCCACUUUGGUCAGCUUUCAGCCCAGCGUGUGGUCCGGCAGGUCCAAAAGAAUGGCAAGAAAUUCAGUGAGUCCGUGGCCUCCUUUACUGAGGAAAUGGUGGUGCGCAGGGAACUUGCAGACAACUUCUGCUUUUACAAUGAGAACUACGACAAGAUUGAGGGUGCUUAUGAGUGGGCCCGGAAGACCCUGAAGGAUCAUGCAAAAGACAAAAGAUCUCACAUCUACACUCGCGAGCAGCUGGAGCAGGCCAAGACUCAUGACAAGCUGUGGAAUGCAGCCCAGACUCAGUUAUUGAUUGAGGGAAAGAUCCAUGGAUUCAUGAGAAUGUACUGGGCCAAAAAGAUCCUGGAAUGGACUUCCUCUCCAGAGGAGGCACUCUCUAUUGCAAUUUUCCUCAAUGACCGUUAUUCUUUAGAUGGAUGUGACCCUAACGGAUAUGUUGGUUGCAUGUGGUCCAUUUGUGGAAUACAUGAUAUGGGUUGGGCCGAGAGGCCUGUCUUUGGGAAAAUCCGCUACAUGAACUAUGAUGGAUGCAAACGCAAGUUUGACGUUGCACAAUUUGAAAGGCUGUACAGCAAGAUGGGGUGAAGAAGAGGCUCAAGAAGGAGAAGCUCUGUGAUUUCAUGGCAAAAUGCACAUUACUUCAUUUAACAUAAUGUGCCUUACAUCUUUAUUUCUGCAUAUCAUACCAGCAUCUUCUAUGCUUCUGUCCUGCCACAUAUACUGUUAGAUAACAGAAAUGAUAGUUAGAAUUAGGCUGUUCCAGCCAGAAGAAGAGCUAAGGCUAAGAAGAGGUAGUAAUUGUUUUGCUCCGAAGAUUUCAUGUUUCAAGGUCAGAGCUGUAAUGUACAAUUUGUAACUCAGGAACCUUUCUUUUCUUUUGUUUGUUUUUUCUUGUAACCUGUCUUUUUUUUAUAUAUAUAAUUAUAUAAAAUAAAAAUCUGUUUUAUAGUGACAUCCCAGAUCUGUACAUGUUGAUAUGUUUAGGUGUAAAUUAAAUCUGGGAGAAAAAUA